AUGACUGGCGCUCCAGCUGGUAGGAAUGAAGGAAAGCUGGUCCCUCUACCUCCUGAUGGAGGUUGGGGUUGGGUUGUUGUCCUUGGAUCGUUUUUUAUCCAUGUUUUUGCUGAUGGAUUUGUCUAUGCUUUUGGAGUUCUCGUAGAGGAGUUGAUGAAGGAGUUCGAUUCAGAUAACACAAUGUGCGCUUUAAUUAUUUCGCUUCUUACGGGGUUAACGUUGGGUACAGGCCCCAUCGCUUCUGCUAUUUGUAAUAAGUAUGGUUGUCGAACAACUACCAUAGUUGGUGCAGGAGUAGCUUUUGUUGGAUGUUCUCUGUCAUACUUCGCCACGGAAAUGUGGCAUAUUAUCAUUACGGUUGGAAUUAUUAUGGGUUUCGGAUUUGGUCUUAUGUACUGUCCUGCUAUCGUUAUCGUCACCAUGUACUUCGAAAAAUAUCGUUCGUUAGCCACGGGAAUAGCUGUAGCUGGAGCUGGUGUCGGAACUGUAGCGUUUUCACCUAUCAAUGCCUUCAUCAUGGCUAAUUACGGAUGGAGAUCCGUUUUCUUGGCAUUUUUAGUUGUUCUCAUUUUAUGCGCUCUAUGCGGAGCCACCUUCCGUCCAUUGAAAUUCCAAGAAGUUAUUAGCGUAGAAGAAGAUGUUGAACUUGACAGCGUAACUAAAACGAAAGAAAUUGAAGGUGCCGCUGUUGAGGAAAAUGCUGCACUUUUGGUUCCUCCGAAAAACAGAACUAGAACUAGCUCUCGAUCAAGCGCUGGAAACAGCAUUCAUGGAGGAAAGUCCCUCAGAGAUGUUAAUUCUGAUACUGAGCAAGGCGAUGAUCAUCAUCUUCGCCCACGAUCUCGAACUGGAACAGUUUCUGAAUUAGAAGGGGGUUAUUUGAACAGAAAAGAUGUUUUCUUUACUGGAUCCAUCACCAAUGUAGCUGAAUUCAAAGAAGAUCCCGACAAAUAUAGAUCUACUGGUUCUCUGCACAAGAGAAAAGAGCAUACUCUCUCUUCGGCAAAGUUGGACCAAGUUCGUGAAGCUAGUGAAGACACUGAAACUACUGACAACACUUAUGGAAGAAAUAUGUUUAAGACCAUUUCAAAGAUGCUUUCUCUUUCGUUGUUGUUGGAGCCAACAUUCCUUCUUUUCGCCGUAUCAAAUCUCUUAACAUCCGUAGGAUUCAACUCUCCUCUUUAUUUCCUUCCUCUACAUGCCUCAAAGGGACUUAAUCUCACUGCCGUUGAGACACCAAGAGUUUUGAGUGCUUUCGGUGCUGCCAAUACACUUGGACGUGUUGUGUUCGGAAGUGUUGCUGAUCACAGAAUCCCUCUGCCCAAUGGAUGGGGAGAUGAUACUGCCCGCAAUAGACUUUGGAUGUACAACAUUUCUCUAGCUAUUUGUGGACUUGUCACUCUAUUCUCUUUCGUUUUCGACUCUUUCCUAAAAUUGACCACAUAUGCAGCAAUUUUUGGAUUUACCAUCGCUUCAUACAUCUGUUUGACUAGUGUCAUCCUUGUCGACUUGUUGGGACUGGAAAAACUGACAAAUGCCUUUGGUUUAUUACUUUUAUGGCAAGGAAUUGGUACAGUAUUUGGUCCACCAGUUGCUGGUUUCUUGGCCGAUUGGCAAGGAAGUUACAACUAUUCUUUCGCUUUCUGUGGUGUUAACCUUCUUAUUUCCGGUUUAAUGCUAUUCGCCAUUCCAUAUUUUAAGAAAAAGUAG